AUGGCUACCUCAAAGCAGAAAUUGUUUAAGAAUCCAUUUGCAAGUCUCAGAUCAAAGAAAAAAGAGCCAAUUGAGCCUGUGGAACCAUGGAGAGUGUAUAAAGAAUUAACGGGUGAACAUGGGUGGCAAAAAGAGUAUUAUAAGACCCUGUUGACCAGAAUCAAAAACAAUACAACGUCGGUAUUGAAAAAGGAGGACGUCGGUUCUGAAACUAUUAAUAUCAUGAUGCUUGGUUAUGUUCAAAGCGGAAAAUCCUCGACAAUCAACUCGAUAUUCUGUAUACUUGACAACAGAAUAAGUAAACGGGCAAAAUCAGGGGACAGUGAAGACUCAUUUACACAAACGUAUGAUUCAUUCAGGGGCGAAAAACAACUUGAUGAUAUUAUUCUCUAUGACGUCAUGGGGGUCGAGGCCGUAAAACACCAAGGGAUAUUAACUGAAGACAUUAAAAUGUGCAUGAAAGGAGACGUUGAAGAAUCCUAUCAAUUCGAUCCACGUUCCCAGAAAAGAAUUGACGGUAAAGUGUUUGGAAAGGAAAUACAUUGUGUUAUGUACUGUGUUGAUGCGGAAUCAAUAUUUCAAGAAAUAAUAGAGCCCGUUAAAAAGAAAAUGCAAGAAAUAGAGUCGGAAUUGAAGUUAAACCCGCAAGAUAGGAUAGUGCUUGUAACAAAGAUUGAUACCAUUUGUGAUGAGACAAAGAAAGAUAUAAGGAGGAUCUUUCAUAGCAAGAAAGUACAGAAUGCGGUUGAAAUGGCGGCGAGAGUCUUUAAAGUCAGUUUGAACCAAGUGCAUCCGAUAAAGAAUUACACAGACGAAGUAGAGAUCGAUGAAUAUAAAAAUAUACCAUUGCUGCUAGGCCUGUCAAAGGCAGUUGAUUUUGGCACUGAUUACCUUCGAAACAUGGCGGAUAAAGCAAAGAGGAAAUCACAACAAAAAGAACAACAAACCGAGAUAUAAAUGUUUCAUUUUCUUGAAAUUCGUUUACAGAAUGAACUUGAUAUGAGACUGAGAGAUGAAAGAAAAUGGAAAGUUUUGAUUAAGAUGAA